CGCAGGUAGCACGCAGGUCGCCGUGCGGGGCGAUCGAAAGCGCGUACAAACCGAAAGGCGGGCGCGCCGCUCGCUCCCCGCCGCUCGCUCCCCGCCGCUCGCUCCCCGCCGCUCGCUCCCCGCCGCUCGCUCCCCGCCGCUCGCUCCCCGCCGCUCGCUCCCCGCCGCUCGCUCCGCCCGCGAGAAGCCCUUCAUAGUCGCCAGUGGAGUGACUGAGCUGAAACUUUUUAGUGCAGCAAGUAUUUAUUGGAGGAGUAACUCGCAAGCAAUUAAAGAUGAGUAAGAGCAAAGAUGAUGCACCACAUGAACUAGAGAGCCAGUUUAUCUUACGAUUGCCCCCAGAAUAUGCUUCUACUGUGAGGAGGGCUGUGCAGUCUGGACACGUCAACCUGAAAGACAGACUGACCAUUGAGUUACACCCUGAUGGGCGUCAUGGAAUUGUCAGAGUGGAUCGAGUUCCCUUGGCCUCAAAGCUGGUAGAUCUGCCUUGUGUUAUGGAAAGCUUGAAGACCAUUGAUAAAAAGACCUUUUACAAGACAGCAGAUAUCAGCCAGAUGCUGGUGUCCACAGUAGAUGGAGACCUCUACCCUCCCGUGGAGGAGCCAGUUGCCCCUGCGGAUCCCAAAGCAAGCAAGAAAAAAGAUAAGGACAAGGAGAAAAAAUUUGUUUGGAACCAUGGAAUUACUCUACCUCUGAAAAAUGUCAGAAAGAGAAGGUUCCGGAAGACAGCAAAGAAGAAGUAUAUUGAAUCUCCCGAUGUGGAAAAAGAAGUGAAGAGGUUGCUGAGUACUGAUGCAGAAGCGGUCAGCACUCGCUGGGAGAUAAUUGCUGAAGAUGAAACAAAGGAGACAGAAAAUCAAGGCCUCGAUAUCUCCUCUCCAGGAAUGUCUGGCCACAGGCAGGGCCACGACUCGCUAGAACAUGAUGAACUUCGAGAGAUAUUCAAUGACCUCAGCAGCAGCAGCGAAGAUGAAGAAGAUGUAAACAUCAUCGACACCGAGGAAGAUCUGGAGAGACAGCUGCAAGACAAGCUCAACGAAUCAGAUGAACAGCACCAAGAGAAUGAAGGAACCAAUCAAUUGGUUAUGGGAAUUCAGAAACAGAUUGAUAGCAUGAAAGGCAAGCUCCAAGAGACCCAAGACAGGGCAAAGCGCCAGGAGGACCUCAUCAUGAAAGUAGAAAACCUGGCUCUCAAGAACAGGUUUCAAGCUGUUCUGGAUGAACUCAAGCAAAAGGAAGAUAGGGAGAAAGAGCAGCUUAGCUCUUUGCAAGAAGAGCUAGAGUCACUUCUAGAGAAGUGAGAAUGUCCUUAGCGUGGUCGGCUUGAGAGCAGUUCAUUUUCAUCGUAAGAUCUCAAAGUCGGGUUCUUAUUCCCUGAAACGUUAGUUGUGUUGGGUUUUGUUGAACAGGUUUUCAUUCUUUAGGAAGGAGGAUUACAUAGGCAGCUGUAGGUAAGCUGUAAGUAAGAUCAGAGAGUUGAACAAUAAACAGUGGUGCUUUAAUCACUCACCAUGGGACUUUAUAACUGUUUGUCUCUUUUCCAGAAGUUUUUAUUCUUGUUCUUUGGUGCAAAGAUCAGUAAGAAGCUAGCCUACAGGCAGUGAAGUUAGUUUUUUUUGUUUUGUUGUAAGUUUUUAAUUUUUUUUAAAUAAAUGUGUGUAGUAGCUAUUUUAUUAGCUACUCAGCAAGUUUCCACGUGUAGAAAAAAAGUACCGUUAUUGCAAAAAGUUGUUUCUUGCACAAUAAAAGUUACUAAUUUUCACAUAAUGUUUAUCUUGUUCUUCUAUGAGUAGUGAGAGUUAAGGUGGAUUCAUAGAGUUUAAUUAUUGAAUGGGGUGGUCAUGUUUGUAGUUAAAGAUAUAUGCUGUUCUUAUGUUUUUUUCAGGAAAAGGAAUGCACAGGGUUAAGGAGAUGGAGAAACUCAUCUUUGUGUUACAUUAAGUUCCUAUCCACCUGGAAGUUUGAACACACUGGGUCCAAAGCUUUCCUAAACUAUCCUAGUUUUAUUAAGUUCUAAGGUUAUCUGUGUAAAGUACUGGAGUCAGAAAAACGUUAUCAGAUAAACCAUUCCACUUUGUCUGGAUUAAGAUUACAUUCUUAAUUAUUGCCAAUUUAAUUGCUACCGGUAUUUAAUAGACUGAUGCUUGUUCAUGUUAUUUCAUUAGUAUUUCCUAUUAUGAAAGCCUCUAUCCUGGUCUGGUAUUUUAAAAUUUUGCACACAUAAUAUUUACAUUCUUUGAAGCAUUUGGUGUUUUACAAUUGAGGUGUAUUUUUAGAAAAAAAAAAAUCAGACUGUAAGGAGCACAGUUAAAAUUAAUUUGUGCCAGAUGGGUUUGUAAGUAUUCAUAAACCAAAGCUCACUUAAAUUUUCUGUUUAUCAGGAAACAUCAGUGGUA